UGACCCAAUGUUGUUUCGUUAUCUUUUUUUAACGCAUUUACACAUGAAUAAAACUCUUCUGUUAAGAGCUUAUAAUUAGUUGGUACUACUAGUACAAGUUGUUUAGCAUCAGUCUGGGACAUUUUUUGAUCUACCGGAUAAAUCCAUACAUAUAUAGAGGUGUGGAGGAGGACAGAGGGAGGCGAUUGUGGAGUAUAGUGGCGUUCACGGAUGGACCAUGCAAAGUGCGGCCGUUGGUUCGUUCGGCGCGAAAUGCUUUGUUUAAGCCACCCCAGUCCAACACAACACGUAGGUACGUGCCACAAACACUCCCCUGAAUUUACAAAUACGAAAGUGCUUUUUUUUCAAAUGCAAGAUUGACCAGAGAUAGAUCGAUGACCCCUUUGUUGUUCCACCGUGCAUUUCAUAUUAGCCUUCAACUGACAAACCAGAUAUGAAAAACAUUAUACAGAAGCACAUCACAUGGACGGACAUGGCAAGCAUGCACAUUUUACCCAUUUCAUAAGCUAAUUAGUUUAAGGUAAUUUGACACAAUCCGGCUGGCCGGCCGUGUCCCUGUACUAUUCAACACAGCACUAACACGUUUGCUCCCUUCUUCUUCUUUUUUGCCACCAUCCUUUGCAUAUGCUCCCUUUGAACCAGACAAACCCUGCCCUACUUGUCCAUCAUAACUCUCCUCCCUUCUUCUUCCUCAUCUUCUCCUCCUUCACCAUCAUAUCCCUCUAUAAAUACCCAUUCCAUCUCACCCCGCACCCGCCCUGCACACACAAGCUAGCUACGCAAUCAGAGCUAGUGCAGCAGAGCAACACAGCUUCUUCUUCCUCGUCAGUGUGCAAGCAGCUAGCUAGCUCGAUAUCAUGGCUGCGGGUGCCGGCGGCGUGGGGGCGGCGGGAGCGGGGUCGCCGUGUGGGGCGUGCAAGUUCCUGCGGCGGCGGUGCGUGGCGGAGUGUGUCUUCGCGCCCUACUUCAGCUCGGAGCACGGCGCGUCGCGGUUCGCGGCGAUCCACAAGGUGUUCGGCGCCAGCAACGCCGCCAAGCUCCUGGCGCACCUCCCCGCCGCCGAGCGCUGCGAGGCCGUCGUCACCAUCACCUUCGAGGCCCAGUCCCGCCUCCGCGACCCCGUAUACGGCUGCGUCGCCCAGAUCUUCGCCCUCCAGCAACAGGUGGCGAUCCUGCAGGCGCAGCUGAUGCAGGCCAAGGCGCAGCUGGCGUGCGGCAUCCAGAGCACCUCACCGGCCGCGAGCCUGAUCAGCCAGCAGCACCACCACCACCACCAGUGGCCGGACAGCGCCAGCAGCAUCAGCGCGCUGCUCCGGCAGCAGGAAGGCAGCGGCUUCGGAGGUGCCGCAACUCUGCCGGAGCUCAUGGGCGGCGACGGCGUCACACCCAUGUCGUCCAUGCAGCAGCAUUGCAGCAAGGUCGAUGGUGGGGAGCUCCAGUACCUGGCCCAGGCCAUGAUGAGAAGCCCGAACUACUCCGGCUUCUAGAAGGACGGAUCAAACUGGCAUGCUUCGAUGAGCGAUCGACCGAUCUCGGGGCUCGGGCUACUAGCUGCUAAUGGAAUCGAUCAAUCGCCGCGAGAUAUCAGGCUAGAAUGGAAAUGAAGGGGAUGGAAUUAAUUAACUUGUACUGAAAGUUUUUAUCAGUGUUAAUUCUGAUCCUACAAGUUAUAUAUAUGUUAGAGUAUGUACUAGUGCUAAAUAAUAAUAUUACUAGUAGCAGGUUUCGAGCAAUAGAACUCUAUCCUCUAAGUGUAAUCUUGAUGCUGACCAGCCUAGUGGACUCAAUCUUGUGGAAUGAUCAAUUGAUCAGGCACAAAGUCUGAGAGAUUUAGGUUGCAGCAAGACGUACGUCUGAAAGAAACUGAGUUUUCAGAUGGAGUAAAAAGUGUAAACCACACUAGAAACUUCUGUACUGUUGCCGAGCUGCUCUUGCGAACAGAUUAUUAUAUCCUAAUCUUCUGUGCAA